AUGUUCGCCUCACUUCUUCGUCCGAAACGUCAGCGCGGUCCAAUCGAGUCAGCAUUCGCGCCCUCUCCGGGGGUUCGCGUCGCGCGCAACAACCCGCGACGCGUCCGAGCCGAUGAAAGCAGCGAUGAUGCGGAGCUGGAAGAGAUCGAUGAAGGGGAUAUUGAUGAGGAUUGGGAGGAAGAGGAAGAAGAUGGUAUACUAGAGUCUACCACCUUACUACCGAUGUUUUCUACAUCGCAUUUGGAUGCGCUGCCCGUUUACAACAUCACCCAUGCCAUUCGUCCCCUAAUUGCCUCUCGCUGCGAAACUACCUUGACAUGGGAUCAACUACGCUCGCCGCAGGUCUCUCAGUUCCUGAUCAAGCCGAUCCUGCAGAAGAUCAUGUCGGCCCACUUCUCGCGGGCCACCCUCUAUGCACUGAUGGCCAAUUGUCUACAAUUUGAAAAAGAAAUGCACCUGAGCCCAGGGAACAGCGGCGCAAAUCAAACACGGGCGAUGGUCAGCGAGCUGCUGGCAAUCAAAUUGUUGAGGGAAUACUCGACGCGAGAAUUGAUCGAUGCGCUUUCCUACGAAUUUCAUCCAUUACAGGGCCAGGAUCCAGCUACAAUCUUUGCGUCUGGUCCCCAGCGGAAACGAGUAGUCGCUGCACGUGUAUCAUGUUUAGAGGUAGCUAUCCGCGCGCAGGCUAAGCGAUUCUUGGCCCAUCCCGUCGUGGUGCAGCAAUUGGAAGCUAUCUGGGCGGGAACUGUUGUCUUCCACUCUGCCGCUGACAGUCUUCAUCGUCAUGUAGACUUGAACCAUGGUAGAACCCUGAAUUAUGGAACAACAAUGGAUCCAACUGGGGAUAUUGCAACUGAUCACAGCAAUGGGGCUCUCCGACGAUCAGUGACACUUUACGAUCCUCGGGACGCCUCCUUGUUCAAGUUGUCGCGCCUGAGGGUGCCGCGUUAUCGACAAUUCCUUUCUACACUAUCAUUUGCAGUGCUCUUGGGGCUUUUCUUGGCUGUUCUAGAACAGCGCAGCCGCAGGAUCACGCCUCUUGAGAUCAUCUUCUGGUUCUGGAGUGCCGGGUUCAUGCUCGACGAAGUUGUCGGAUUCAAUGAGCAAGGCUUCAGCCUCUAUUUGAUGAGUUUUUGGAAUUUGUUUGAUGUGGGGAUUCUGCUAUUGCUCUUCGCAUAUUAUUGCUUGAGGAUCUACGGCACAUUCCUCACAUAUCCUCGGGGCCAGUUGAUCACUGAACGAGCGUUCGAUGUCCUCGCUUCCACAGCCCCCUUGCUAUUUCCGAGACUGUUCUCAAUCUUGGAUCAUUACCGCUAUUUCUCUCAGCUACUGAUUGCCUUCCGUAUAAUGGCAUCGGAUCUGAUUGCGGUUUUCGUCCUCAUCGUCAUCUCUUGCUCGGGCUUUUUCGUCGCUUUCUUGAACUUUGGGGACAACGGAUCCCCCAAAGUGGUGGCUUAUGGCUUGUUCCAGAUGUUGAUGGGAUUUACACCAACCGCAUGGUCCAUGUGGGAUGAAUAUAACGUAUUCGGAAAGACAACCCUAACAAUCUUCUUAUUUAUUUGUCAUUUCGUGGUUGUCACCAUCUUGAUCACGGUCCUGACCAAUUCCUUCAUGAGAAUUGUCCAAAACGCAAAUGAAGAACAUCAGUUCUUGUUCGCAGUGAAUACCAUCUCGAUGGUGAAAUCGGACGCCUUGUUCUCCUAUGUGGCGCCAACAAAUGUCGUCGCCUGGCUAGUGACCCCGUUUCGAUACAUGAUGCCCUUCCAGGAAUACAUUCGGCUCAACCGGACCAUUAUCAAGAUUACCCACUUGCCCAUACUGUUCACGAUCUGCCUCUAUGAGAAAACAAUCCUGAGUGCUAGAGUCGGGCAGCCGAUAGAUUCGAUCGAACCGGGUCUCCCAGAGGAAAAUCCGUAUCUUGCACAACCACGGCAGCCCAGUCGGUUCCGUGGUUUCAGCACCAGCGCAUCAGUCUUCAAGCGAGAGCCCUCGGUAGCGACAUACCAAAAGGAUCGAGCAUUAGAGGAAGUAUUCCGGCGUCCCUAUAGUGAUGAUCGAAUCAGAAAACCCCCGAGCACUGUGCAUGAACGCCAGACGAGUAACGUCAUCAAAGACUGGAUGCAAGAGAUCGGAUCUGGGCCAGCCAAUGGCCCCGAUGAUGAGAGUUCUGUGGUUGUAGGCCAGCCUGAUAUGCACCCACAACGACCCGGGAUUUCUUUCCGGGCGAGAUUGGCCAGCCGCUCUCGAAAUUUCACAGACACAACCCGAUCAGUCGCAUCUAACCCCGAGGACCGUACAAGCUGUGUGAGGAGCCCAGCCACCCGGCCUCGGCGCACCAGGCCUUCCGCCUCGCCUCUGCAGAAGCGGCAACUCUCCCAUCAUACAGACAUGGAGGGCGACGAUGAACUGACUAGCAACGAAGAUGAGCACUCCGGCCAAGGGUCCGCGGCCGACUCGGAUGGAGUCGCCGAGAAACGCUCCCCAAAGUUCUACAGCUCACGCCCCUCUACCGCUAGGAUCAUUUCGGGACGCAACAGCCCUACACGUGGCCCCAGACAUAUGCGGAACGCUUCAGGGGUCACCAUGCUGUACAACCCCCUCGGCUCUCCGAACGCAGAAACGGAGGGUCGAAUCACACCCCCACGGCCAGAGACCGAUUCGUCGGAUGGAGACCACCGCCCUGCAAUGUCCACCUCGAUGGAUCAAGGUACCAUGAAGCGCCACGUCGUGGGUGUAUCUCGCCCCCGAAUUCCUCUAAGUGGACUCAACCCGAAUUCGGUCCCCGAGGUGGAUAGUAUCUACCUAUCUGAUCGGGCCAUGGGGCCACGGCGUCGCACAUCCCUCUUUGAUCUAGGAUCUGACUUGGGCGACAACAAGGCCGUGGCGGGCGGCUUCGCCGGUGCCAUCCCAUCCAGUUUUCAGACCCAAUUGGGCUUUGUCUCGGCCGGUGUUCGUCGUGAGGCGCCAAAUCAAGCCCAAGACAUGCUUAGCAAGUUAGUCCUUUCUCGCAUGAGCAACAUUGAAGAAGGAUUCCGCGAGGUCAUCAGAGAAUUCAAGGAUCUCCGGCGCAACGAGUCUAGUCACAGUCCUAGCCGGCCUGAUGGAUCUGGAGGAGCACCAUGGGAGACAAGAAAACGUGACAAGAAAGACUUCAAGAAAAAGAGUACUAACUCGCCCGGAAGCCGAGCUGGCAGUGGUGGCAGUCCAUCCAAGGGGGAAGGACUAAGACUUGAUGAUAACUAA